CAACCCAAACAAAGAAUGUGAUUGGCUGUUGAGCAUUUUAGUUCAGGAAGUACACUCAUUAGCCGACUGAAAAUUCUUUUCCUCAUAACCUGCGCUUAAAUAUCUCAGCGGAUCUUCUUUUCACAGCUUGCUAUCAUGGCUGGCAGGAGAAUUUUGGUUUUCUCUUCAGCAGUAGACCUUGGUCCAGUGCUGGCCCAGCUGGUGGUAUCUCGCGCUGAGAAGGCCAUCGCGUCCCAUGGUCGGUUUACUCUGGGGCUGUCUGGAGGCAGCCUGGUGUCCAUUCUCAGUAAAGAGCUGCUUUCCCUGCCAGUCUUGGACUGCAGCAAAUGGGUUGUUGGUUUUUGUGAUGAGCGAUUGGUUCCCUUUGAUAAUCCUGAGAGCACCUACGGGUUGUACAAGAGUCAGUUUUUUUCAAAGACCAAUAUCCCUGACAGCGGGAUCUUAACCAUCGAUGCCUCACUGCCAGUAAAAGAGUGUGCUGAGGAUUAUACCUGCAAAUUGAAGGAGGUCUUUUCAGAUGAUGAACUACCUCGGUUUGACCUCUUACUGCUGGGUAUGGGGCCUGAUGGACAUACCUGUUCCCUUUUCCCAGGCCACCCUCUUCUGGAGGAAACGCAGAAGAUUGUGGCUCCCAUCAAUGACUCUCCCAAACCUCCACCAGAGCGUGUGACCAUGACUAUCCCGGUUGUAAACGCGGCACGCUGUGUGGCUUUCGUGUCAACAGGAGGAAGCAAAGCACCUGUAUUGCAGGAAGUGCUGGAGGGUAGAGAGGGUCCAGCUUUACCAGCAGCCCGUGUCAUACCUGCUAACGGCGAGCUGUUCUGGCUUGUUGAUGACCCUGCAGCUGCCUCUUUAACCAUCCAGGUAGAGAGGCUAGGCUCAGGGGCCAAACUGUAGUUUUUCCAUAAAUGGAACAAAUGCGGUAAAUCGUGAGUGUUAAAACCUAGUACUAUACCAUUCGUUCCACCUUUUUAAUAAAAGUGCUG